UAAAUUCUAUUUUACAUUGAGGCAAGUUAGAUUACACUAUCUUCAAAUUUCUCGUUAAACACAUUGACUCUUGAGUAAGUUAGGAAAACACAGUUGUCCUGUCUUCCACCUGCAGAACUACUUCAGAAGCUAUGUUCAAAUCGUGUCUGGAGAGCUACGUGAGGAAGAAUCACUUCACGUCCGAGGAUAGGAGCUGCGCAGCCACCGACAGACCCCUCAUAACCCCCUGAACUCCCCUCAGCAGCCAGCGGCACCGCGCAUGCGCGCACAGCCCCUCGCGCAGCACCCCGCAUGCGCGCUUUCUCCCGCCACUAUAAACUCGGGCCCCGCCCGGCCUCGCUUCGCUUCGCUGCCGCGCUGCCCCCAGGACACCUCCGGACCCCUCCGGACCCCUGCCCGGACCCCCGGCCGCCGGAGCCCCCCGGGCGGAGGAACGGAACCGCGCCCGCAUGGCGGAACAGCCGCCCGCCGCCGCCCCGCGGCCGCCGCCGCGCAGCUUGCCGCCUGCUCCUUCUACAUCAAGGGCAGGCUUUGCGGAACUUUCUGUCAGGGAGCGAAUGAGAGAGAAAAUAAAAGCAGCGAGGUCAAAAGCAGAAGUCACUUUAUCUCAAGAAGACCUCAGGCCACGACCAAGGCGUUUGAAAAACGUCAGAGAAAGAAAAACAGAAGUCAGCCUGGAUAAAGUGUCUGGUGAUAAAUUUAGAGAGAUGCAAGAGGAUGAAUCCCACUUACUAUCAAAAGUAAAGUUUCGUGAUUCUGUCAAAAAGCUGAAACAAAAGUCACCAGUCCAGAAUGAUUUUCCUUCCGCUGAAGAAGCAUAUAAUUUCUUUACCUUCAAUUUUGAUUCUGAACCAGAGAAUGUAAAGGCUGGAGCACAAAAAAGGAGUGAAUUAAAUGAAGAAGAGGGGGCAGAAGAAUAUGUAGAAGCCCAUGAGGAAGAACAAGAGGAAGAUGAAACGGAUGAAGAUGUACGCCUAGUUAAAGAUGAUUUAUUCAUUAUAGGGCAAACAGCUGAAGAUCUUCUAGUAAUGAAACCUGCUGACUGUGAAAGCUACUCAGAACAACUGCAAAAAGAAAAGGAAUUUCUCUUCAUCCCCAGCAGGCUGACAGUGCCCACUUCUCAGAAGAUGCCUGGAAAUGUGCAGCCUAGGUACCUUGAGGAUGAGGGUCUUUACACAGGAGAAAGGCCCUUUGUAGCGCCAUCUAACCAAAAUAUUUUAGAAAACAGAAUUCUCAGACAGGAGCAAGGGAAAGAGUGGUUUGGUGAUGAUGGCAAAAUCUUAGCAUUGCCUAAUCCAAUUAAACAGUCUUCUACUAGGCCUCCAAUAUUUUCAUUGGAAGAAGGCAUUGCACCAGAACUUGAAACACUAUAUAGAAAGGCAAUAAAAAUGACAGCUGCCAAUCAGUAUCUUGUUGGACCUGGAGAUUUUCAGGGGCCAUUUCAAUUGGAUAUCGAUAUUUCUGGACUAAUAUUCACACAUCAUCCCUGUUUUAGCCGUGAGCAUGUGUUAGCAGCUAAACUGGCUCAGUUAUACGAUCAGUAUUUAGCAAGAAAACAGAAGAAUCUUACCAACCUGCUCACAGACAAGCUGCACGCUUUGAGGAAUGCUGUGCAAUGUAGAAUAGACAGUGGUGAUGCUGGUGCUGCUGGUCCUAUAGCACAACAGAGCAUACCUGAGUACAAGUUUGAAAUCAGGCAAACCAGAAGACUUCGUGAUGCUGAACAAGAGAAAGACAGAAUGUUGCUUAAAACUAUUAUAAAAGUUUGGAAACAAAUAAAAUCCCUCCGUGACUUUCAGAAGUUUACCAACACACCCAUGAAGCUUUAUUUGAGAAAGGAAGAAGUUGAUCAGAGAUCAGAUGAAAAAGCAUAUGAAGCAGAAAUUCAGGCUGAGAUAAAUGAAUUAAUAGAAGAAUAUAUGGAAGAAUAUGAAAAGAAAAUGGAGGAGUACAGAACUGAGCUACAAGAGUGGAAAUCCUGGAGGAAGGCACAGAAGUCCAGAAAGAAAAAGAAGAAAAAAGACCUUCAAGAAGAAGAUUCAGUAGAAGAUUGUGAUCUUGGCGAGGAACCUGUAAAACCUAUCCCACCUAAAAUGGUCAAUAACCUGGAAAUAGAGCAGCAGGUUAGAGAAAAAGCUGACAACUUGAGAAGGAAACCUGGAGAGCCUGCUUUAAUUCCUGAACUAGUCCUGUCAGGCAGCAUAACUCCAAGUGAGCUGUGUCCUCGGGCAGAGGUUUUGCGACGAGAAGAUGUGAAGAAACGCUCAGCAUUUAUAAAAGUCCUCUUCAACUCCAAGGAAGUAUCAAGGACUGUUACCCGACCAAUAAGUUCAGAUUUCAGAGUUCACUUUGGACAGAUUUUCAAUUUACAAAUAUUCAAUUGGCCAGAGAGCUUGCAGCUACAGAUCUAUGAAACAACAGGUAUGAGCAGUACCACCUUGUUGGCUGAAGUGUUCAUACCUGUACCUGAGACUACAGUUCUGACGGGCAGUGCUCCUAUGGAAGAAAUAGAGUUCAGCAGCAAUCAGCGUGUGGUACUGGACCACGAAGGAGUUGGGAGUGAUGUGUCCUUUUCCUUUGAAGCUGAUGGUAGCAACCAAAUGACUUUAAUGACCUCUGGGAAAGUAUCCAAUAGUGUCUCCUGGGCAGUUGGAGAAAAAGGAAUCCCCCUAAUUCCUCCAGUAUCUCAGCAAACCACAGGCAUUCCGAGUGCUUUAAAAAAUAUUGAUGCUAUUGCAUCCAUUGGCACCUCGGGCUUAACUGACAUGAAGAAACUAGCCAAGUGGGCAGCAGAAACAAAACUUGAUCCAAAUGACCCAAACAAUGCAGCUCUGAUGCAGAUGAUUAUGGUUGCCACUAGCGGAGAGGCACACGUUCCUGAUUUCUUCAGAUUGGAACAGUUGCAGCAAGAAUUUAAUUUUGUUUCUGAUGAGGAAUUUAAUAGAUCAAAGAGAUUUCGACUCUUGCAGCUCAGAAGCGAGGAGGUGGCAGAGUUCCGAAACUACAAGCAAGUCCCUUUGCAUGAACGAGAAAUCAGUGAGAAACUAUUCCAGGACUAUGAGAAAAGACUACAUGAGAGGGAUGUGAUUGACAGCAAACAUUACCUAGAUGCACGCAGAGCAGUUGUUGCCAACUAUCUACAAAAGGUUCGAGAAUCAGUAAUAAACCGUUUCCUAAUAGCAAAACACCAUUUCCUUCUCUCUGAUCUUGUCAAUGAAGAGGAGAUUCCUAGCCUGGGUAUUUUGGGACUUGGCCUCUUUAAACUGGCAGAACCAAAACGACCAUUAAAGCCAAGAAGAAAAGAAAGGAAGAAGGUCACAGCACAGAAUUUAUCAGAUGGAGACAUAAAACUGUUGGUGAACGUCAUUAGAGCUUUCGAUAUUCCAGUGAGGAAGCCAGUGAUGAGCAAACCUCAACAGCCAUCCAAGCCUUCAAGGUCCUUUAAUGAGAUGUUUGCAGCCUCUCCGUCAGCCCAGAGCCCAACUGAUAGUGUAGAUUGGGCAUUUGACCAGGUUUUAGUCCGUCCUUUUGUAGAAGUUUCUUUUCAGCGAACAGUCUGCCGGACAACGACAGCAGAAGGUCCAAACCCCAACUGGAAUGAGGAACUUGAGCUUCCAUUUAGAGCUCCUAAUGCUGACUAUAGCACCCACAGUUUGCAGUCAGUGAAGGAUGAAGUGUUCAUUAAUGUUUUUGAUGAAGUUCUUCAUGAUGUUACAGAGGAUGAUUGUGACAGAAGAAGUGGUAUCCACACUUGUGUUGAGAGACGCUGGCUGGGAUGUGUUAAAAUUCCAUUUACUACCAUAUAUUUUCAAGCAAAGAUUGAUGGUACGUUCAAGGUGGAUGUUCCUCCAGUGCUGCUUGGCUACAGCAAAGAGAAGAACCUGGGAAUGGAGAGAGGUUACGAUUCUGUGCGCAAUCUGAGCGAGGGCUCCUAUAUAACACUGUUCAUUACCAUUGAACCGCAGCUCAUUCCUGGAGAGUCUGUCAGAGAAAAGAUGAAUGAAAUGCUUAAGAAGUUUGAUACCCAGGAAGAUGAGAAAUUGCUCCAGGCAGCAGAAAAGUAUGAAGCUGAAUGUACAUCAAAGUUUCCAAGCCGCCAGUGCCUGACAACUGUCAUUGACCUCAAUGGGAAAACAGUUUUUAUUACCAGAUAUGUCAAACCUCUGAAUCCACCGCAGGAGCUCCUUGAUGCCUGCCCAGAUAGCUCUCAGACAACAGCAGAACUGGUGGCUCGAUAUGUUGCUUUGAUUCCUUUUUUGCCAGAUAGUGUGUCAUUUGCUGGAAUUUGUGAUUUGUGGAGUACAUCAGAUCAAUUUCUCGAUCUUCUGGCGGGAGAUGAGGAAGAACAUGCCGUGCUCUUGUGUAAUUAUUUUCUUGGUAUGGGGAAAAAAGCCUGGCUUAUCAUUGGAAAUGCUAUUCCUGAGGGACAGACCGCAUAUGUAUUAACUUUGGAGCAAAGUCAGUACGUAAUUUGGAAUCCCAGCACCGGCUGUUUUUACAGGCAGUAUGAUACUUUUUGCCCACUACAAAAUGUGUACUGCCUGAUCAGCUGUGAUAACAUUUGGUUUAAUAUCCAAGAGCACGACUCCCCAGUAAGGAUAAGUUUUGAUAUCAGCAAACCAAAACUUUGGAAGCCGUUCUUUUCAAGAAGCUUGCCGUACCCCGGUCUCUGCAGUGUUCAGCCUGAAGAAUUAGUGUAUCAGCAUUCAGACAAGGCUGCUGCAGUGGAACUACAGGGCAGGAUUGAAAAAAUACUAAAAGAAAAGAUUAUGGAAUGGAGACCGAGGCACCUAACUCGCUGGAACCGAUACUGUACCUCUACCCUGCGUAACUUCCUGCCCCUGCUGGAACAUAACCAAGGCAAAGAUGUAGAAGAUGACCAUCAGGCAGAGCUGCAAAAACAGCUUGGAGACUACAGGGUCUCUGGAUUUCCUAUUCAUAUGCCCUUUUCUGAAGUCAGACCUUUAAUAGAAGCCGUACACAGUACCGGAGUUCACACCAUUGAUGUCUCCAAUGUUGAGUUUGCUCUAGCCGUGUAUAUUCAUCCUUACCCCCAAAGUGUUCUCUCUGUGUGGAUUUACGUUGCUUCACUUGUACGGAAUAGGUAGCAUAGACUUUUCUCAAUACCUCAAGGAAUUUGGGAUUUGCUGAUGUAGGA